UGGCAACACAAGGAUAUAUUCCAGAUGAGCUUCUAUGUGAGCUAGCUGAAGACAUCGAGACCGGUGAACAGAUGGAGGCCUUGGGACGAACGCUUGGAUUCAAACCUGCAGCCAUCAAUAGAUACGCAGAGACUAACAGACUCGAAGGACGUGUCACGUGUAAAGGAACACGUGACAUGCUGUUUUACUGGAGACAGAGUGUAGGGCCAUCCAAUCAGCAUCCUCGGCUGAAACAAGCUCUUAUUGAUGCCAAUCUAGUCAUGCUUGCUGAAACUUAUCUCAAAGAGACAUUGAAUACUCCAGAUAUCUACAAUGAGAAGAUUUCGGAAUCUCUUACUGUUGGAAAAUGUCGCACAAUCUUGGAGGAUAUAUACUCGAAUCGGCUUUGCAAAAUCCAAAUGAAACCUUGGGAUAAAGACGAUUAUGCAGAGUUCAAGGGUAUGCACACCGUUGUUACCAUGGUAAAGAAGGACGCUCGAGGAAGAGAUAUUAAAGAAAAAGAAAUACUGCAAGGCUCUGUUGGAAAAAUAUUUUCGGCAAAAGUAAACGGAAAGUUUCCAUCCCGAAUCCUUAUUUCAGCACCAGCUGGACGAGGAAAGACGACAGCUGUCGCUAAGAUGGCACACGACUGGGUUCACAGAGAAGAGGGGUCAGGAUUAGAAGAAUUGCCACUUCUGUUCGUAGUCAAGUUUCGAAACACAAGUCAAAGCACAUCGAUCGGAGAAGCAAUCAUAUCACAACUCCUGAGUGAUGUUGACGAUCUGACACCAGAUGGGCUAGAAAGUUUCAUCAGACAGCAUCAGGGAAUCUGUCAUAUUAUACUAGAUGGGCUCGAUGAGUAUGCUGGUAUCUCAUCCUCAAGCAAUAUCAUGAGCAUUCUUCGCUGGAAAAUGUUCAUACGAUGUCGAGUUCUUGUAACAACUCGACCUCACCUAGAAGACGUUUUCAGUAAAGAAGAUCUACCAAGGAUGUACACAAAGAUGGAAAUCGAAGGUUUCUCCAGAAAGAGCACACGUGAUUACAUUGACAGGUUCUUUACUUCAGUUCAGAAACCUAUAAAAGCAAAUGGUCUGAAAUGUUACCUCGAUGAACAACCACUUAUUGAGGAACUAGUUAAAACCCCACUAUUUUGCCUCAUGGUUUGUCACUUAUGGUCUGAAGAUCUACUCCACAGUGAUACUUCAACCCAGACAGCAAUACUCGACAAAGUAAACGUGUUUUUGAUGCACCACGCAAAUGAACGAACUAAUGGGCUAUUCACAACUGAGACCCUAGACGAAAUUAUCCACAAACUUGGUAAAGUUGCUCUCAAUGGUCUGCUUAAUGAUUCUAAGAAGCUUGUAUUUACCCCUCGUGAUUUUCAGAAGAUUUCCUCUGUCCUUGAUAUGGCUUGUGAGCUAGGGAUAGUAUCUAAGACAACUGUAUCAAACGCUCGCCUUCCUCGAACUAACAACACAAAGUAUACUACUAUAGAAUUUUAUCACAAACUUGCCCAGGAACACGCAGCCGGAAAGUUCCUCGCUGACAAAACAAGCCAUUUGCAGCUGAAUUGGAAGAUCUCUAAGUUAGACCGAGUGCUGCGAAAGAUUAAAAGAAACAUGGGUGAAUAUGAAAAUCUUGUUCGUUUUGCUGCUGGCACAAAGAACAGCCUCUGUCUUCGAAUAAUGGAAACGCUUCUGACAAAUAGAUAUUUAUCAGAGAGUGAGCGUUAUCGUAUUCUCCUAGACUGCUCUUCCGAGUCAGGGGUUAGCGAUGGGAAUGUGUCAUCACUGGUGCGAAGGUGUGUGACGUCACAAAGUAUUCUUUUGAAGUCACCAACAGCCUUCACUGCUGUUGGGAUGCAAAAUCUUCCAAGUGAGCUGAAACAGAAGGUUCUUAGUGUGAAAUUCGAGCAUUCUGUUCUGACAACCAUUGUGACAGAUGGAUUAUGGAGAUGCCUUAAAACAUUCCCUAUGCUAAAUCAUCUCACCAUCUCAGACUCAUCUAUCGAUUUCGCCCAAUCUCCUCCUAAGCUACCAGCAAUCAGAAGUCUAUCAGUUGAGAAAGUGACGUUGCAAUGCUUGAAAAGUCUGAUUUCAUCGCUCCCUGGUUUGACAGACAUGGUAUAUAUCAAUGAUGCAGAGGAGGACAUAGCCCUGAUCACAUUUGCACUUCGUUGGACACGGGGACAGACGCUCGAACGAAUAAUUAAUCGCGACUCUCCGUCCUCUUUCCGGUCACGUACGAAUCCUUUCUGGAGUGAGACAGAAGGAGGUCCGAGGCUGCUAUUCGACAAAAAUAGUACGGGGACGAACAUGCUUAUAUUGCAAAGCUAUGGGCAUUCGGAAAAAAAAGGUCCUGAUGAAGUCAUCGAGUCGUUUGCAUUAUUGACAUCAUUGGCUCAAGUGAAACUAAGAUUCCUUGAUGGUUGGUCUUUCAACUUCAAAACGGCGUUUGGGUUAAAGGUGAGCAUUGAUUGUUUCGAAGUUUAUUCCCGACCUUUCGUUUGA